GCAGGAUCCCCUGAGAAAGGGAUGCACGAGGAGGAGGUAUCAGAGUAGGCAAGGAGUCUUCUGAGAGAUGUAGGCUGCUGUAUUCUCUCUGUGCUCUAGAAAAAUGGCCACAGUGCAGUCUGACUUGAACAGAAGAGAGUGAUGUGAGUCACCUUGUCCGAUGUCAAAUAACUGUUCCUGACAACCUAGUUUAUCAUUUUCCAGUCUGUAGCUGCCAGGGCUCUGGAUUCUCCCUCCAGGUCUCAAAACGAGUUUUGAAUGAGCAUGGUAACUCUUGGCUUGCUGAGUGAUCCCCAUCUAACCAUACCAUGGGUAACAAGUGACCACAGGUGAGGGAAGCUUGUGUCCAUAGAUGCGCAUCAAUAGGCAUUGAAUAUUCCUGUUUUGCCUAUGGAAGGCUGCACUGAGAGUGCAGGCAACUCACGAUCUUUCUAUCACACUGAACACAGGCAGGUACUACAAACAAUAGGUCUCGCACUGUGAAAACCUCAUCUGAAAUGCCCAGUGGAGCUCAGUUUUCUGUUUUAUUCAUCCCAUGUUGAAGUUACUGAGUCCCACAAAUGUGAAUUCUCCAAGGUGAUCAUUUACAAGUACGUGUAUUAAUGAAGUAUUUGUGAAUGCAGAUGCCAUGAUAAAAAAAUCUAGUAAUAGUGGUAGUAAAUAAAGCAGCUGUUUUUCUAGCUGGUAAUAAGAUUUCCCUUUGAAUGGUAGUGCUCUCUUCACUUAACCCAUUCCUUGGGGUGAACAGUCCAUCUCCAUGCCAGGGUUGUGAUCUGCUACAUGAAAUAAUAGAGACACCAUUUUGAGGGAAACCCCUCAGAGGGAAGCAGAGUUGGGGCAAGAAAAUUUAUUUUAUGAGAAUGAAAAGAAUAGUAAACUCACAAUACUCAGUAUUAAACAAAGCUUGUGGUUUUCUCCUUGUUUGUCAAGCUUUCCCUCAGCAUACUUUGCAGGUGUAUUAACCUUGAUCACUUAAAUCACUAAGCUUCCAUUUAAUACAAGUAUUUAUUCCUACCAGGGGAUGUUGUCAUUAUUUAUUUUGUAGUCAUCAAGAUAUGUCUAAAGGAAAUGAUAAUUAAUAUGUGAGAUUAAUAGGUAACCCUGCCUACUUUCCUGACUAAAGAGAAAGUCAGGCCCCAAGUAAUUUUGAGGAUUUUCUAAACUGUUGUAAUUUAUUCUCAUGUUCCUAAAAGUUUAGUCAGUUCUACACAUUAGAAACUCUUUUGGCAAGAUAUAGUUGAGCAUAUCAUACCUUCAAUGUGAAUUUCUGUAACUGUAAAGAUAAUUCUCAAAUCACUGGGGAAAAGGCCGUUUUGCUCCUUUUCUAUCAGGAACUGUUGUAAGAAAUUUUACAACUGCUUGAGAAAUUACUUUUUUCCCCCUAUAGACCUGCAAUUUGGACAUUAAAAGUAUAAUAAUUUGAGGCUUAAACUUUUUGAGUUUCUUUCUGUUCUACUGUUUCCCUUGGGGGAAGAAAAGAUCAUUUGGGUUUUCUUAAAUGUUACUGGCUCAAUCCCAUAUAAGAAAAAAAAAAUAGUACUUAAAUCUGAUCUGAACUUCUGGGCUUUCAGAUUUUAACCCACACUUGUUUAUAACUUUCUCAGCCUUGCAUGUAAGAAAGAUGUGUAGAGAGGGCUUGAUUUACACUGAGCAUAUCAGUAACAGUACUACUGUAAAGCAGUAGGAAAGUUUAAUACACUGAAUUCAUACAUUGAAUACAUCUUGGAAGUAAUUGGAAAAGAUUUGCUUCUUUCUUAGAAAUCAGAAAAGGUGAGAAUGAACCUCUUGAGGCAAAAGGUGGAGAUAACCUCUGCACAGGACUGGCGAUUGAUUUCCCCAUUGAUUUCUCACAGUGUUUUUUCUUGCAUAUAGCUGGAGCUUCCCUCAUCCUAAUUCUGUCAGGCGUCAACAAAGCAAAUCAAAGCUGAGAUCUUUUGGGACAUUUAGGGAGCUAUUACACAGGCUUCAGUCUGAAAUCAAAGCAUACUGAAGCAUACAAAAUCAUUUUGAGAAACUCCCCACAGUCUUUGAAUCUGUGAUGAACAAGGAGAACCAUGAGGACCUCUGCAAACCUCAGUACAGAGGAAUCUCAAUGAGAAAUUAGAUGUGUUUUUCACGUCCCUCUGCAUUUAGCUUGAAGGGAGUGAUUUGAACUGCUUAUCUGUUUCACAUCAGAUAUCGCAGAAAAGCUCACAGCUCUCAAUUUUUCACUAUUUUAAAAGCUGCUGAGAAAGCUAAUAAAAUUGGUAUGGAUAUGCGUCUGUAGCCAGAAGAUAACAUCUAGCCAAAGAAAUGUGUUCUGUGUCUUGCUAAGUUGAAAUAACUUGGUCUCACAGAGAAACGCAAUAAUUAUAUUUGCCAAGAAAGGAAGCAGACUCUCCCCACUCUGUCACUGGGCUGGUGGGCAAAGUCCACCUCCCAGGGGAGUGAGUAUAAUAAAUGCAGCUGAACACGUCCACAGCCUCCAGCAGGAGUGUGUGGGAGUCGGGUAGGGCAGAGCCAGGCAGAAUACUGCUGAUUACUCAGAUUCUGCCUGCUGCAUAGCAUCUAAUUCUGAAGAGCAAUAAUAAGAAGAAUAUAAGAUUUUGCUUUCAUGUAGCAACAAGCUGGAUAUGACAGGUUACCCACCAGUUCAAAUCUCAGUUAUACCAAUUGCAGAUUCACAGUCCCCAUUUUGGAAUAUUCUGGCAAAAUAUUAAUAUUCUGGAAAAAUCAUGAUUUAAUUUGAACCCUGAGAUUGCCUUAAUUUUGCAUUUCUCUGAAAGAUUAAAUUUCAGUUUCUUGUGUUCCCAGGGAAUUCAUUGUAUAUUCUUUCAGAAAGAAAACUUGCAUCUGUAUCUAUAGAUUUAAUUCUGACAUUUUUACACUUGAGUAAAUUUGCAGCUACUCUAAUGAAUUUUUAUGUUGUUUAGAAAACAGAUGCAUUUUUUUUCUUUAAUGCGACCACCUACAUUCAAUUAAAUUCUUUUCAUAUUUAGAGUUGUCUGUGAAUGUCCUGAUGAAAUACCUCUAGAAAUAUUUUCUUUCCUGUUACUGAAAAAUUCCCAUGACACUAGAAUGAUCGUCUUCUCCAGGCUCAGAAAUAUUUCUUUCAACCAAAAAUAUCCUUGCCUGAAGCUCCAGUUAGCGACAGAGUAAGUGUCUGCUGACACGCGUCACCAGUGCUUCAGAAUCAAAACUAGAUGAGAGCAGGUGCUAUAGUGCAGAAAUAUGCCUGGCAGUCGGAAAAUAGAAAAUUGCCAAAAACGUGGCUGUCUAAAUAUGUGUUAUAAAAAGAUAUGAACUGCACAUGAACUUUGGGAGUUGUUUACGAAAACAAGCAGAGCUUUAGGAUAUUAGAUGCCCUUCCCCUUAUUCACCCCAGAAUUUGAUAGGUGAGUAGGAGACUUCUAAAGGCAUCAGUAUCAGGGAUGUAAUUCCCAUUGGCUUACAUUUCUGUCUCUGAUUUAAUGCCAGGGGAAGUGAUAUUCAAACCCAACUUUUGCCAUUACACAUGCAGUUGCCUAUGGGGAAAAUUACAGUGGCUCUAUUUAAAGUAAACAUCUAAAGUAUCUGCCACCGAUUUCCAAUGUAACCUUGGAGAAGUGACAUGACAUAACACUUUGUUGGCUCUGUUUCUCCAUUAAGCUAUAUACUAUGGCAGAAGUGCACAAUAAUAAGAGGAGACAGAAUUUGUAUUCCAUCUGCCCAUUUCCUGAUUCAUAUAUCCACUCUUGAGAUGUAUAUGGCAGGAAUAUUGAGGGGUAAAAAGUAACAUAAUUCAGGAAUCUGAUGUUGUGAUUGGGUUGAUUACAGUGGCAGCAGUGCUGUUCUUCCUUCUUCUUACCAAACUUAUGUGGAUACAGCAAAACAGAUGUGCCAUAAUCAAGUGGGUACAGCAGAACCGGAGAGGCUCUACAAUGAUCUUGAGCAUAGACUAUUAACCUGAAUACACAUUGCUCUGAGAAUGGAAUCAGAUUAUACCCCAUGCAGAAACUUAGGCUCCUUUGACUUCAGUCUUCUGUGACAAAGAGAAAUUUAGCAGAGGGCUUGUUUAAAAUGCCUUUGCAACUUUUUUUGUUGAGGUGCUGGCUUUUAACAUAAGCAGGGCUGAUACAAGGUAUAAACAAAGGACACUCUCCCUGUGGAAGCAGCAUGUUGGAUGUAAUAGACCUAGAACAGCCUUCCUGCGUUUUUUGCCUGUGCCAGAGGCCAGAAAGCCAUGUUUGUUGCUUUGUCUGCUGCCGCUGGGUUGCAUAACUUUUUCCCCAAAAGCAAAAGUCACUACUGCUACACUUAAGGGUGUCAGGAGCAAUGAGCUCAUGUUUUUAGAGCUUGCUUCGUGGGUUUUUUGUCCCAGCUUUGCUCUGUCUUUCCCAUAUUUUAGGACGACUUUAACAUGGCCCUGUGACUUAUGAGUGAUGUCCAACACUUGCCUCCUAAUAAGCCCCUUGAUCUCACAUGUUUCUAAUUCCUCACAGUGACAGAAAUGUAGGAUUUUGCCUGACUGAAAUCUCAAGUCUGGGAUUUAGUCCAUUAUUUUCUUUAAUUUUACUGUGUUUUAUUUCAAAGAGUUCAUGUAGCAAGAUGAGGGCCAUUGAGUCAGCAAUGUCAAAUACACAAAAAUAAUAGCCUAUGAUGAUGGAUAGGGAUGAAAAAAUACAUCUUCAGAGUCAGUUUUCAUUUGCAGUGGUGCAGCUGUGCUGGCUUCAAGCAGGAGGCAGCACUGGUUCCCGGCCUCCAGCUGUGGGCUCGGUUCUGUUCCCAGGCACUCAGGCCAUGUCAGGUGGCAGAUUGGGACAUAACCUCCUUAAAUAAAGUCACACUGCUGCUUUAUGAACAGGGAAAUUUUAAAUCCUCAGAGUUCAGAGGCUGAGGAUUUUCUUCAGGAGCAUUCAGUCAUGUACUUGGGCAUCUUUGUUCACUUUCUAGAUCACUGAAAUUUUCAUAAAUAGCCUGAGUCCCAUUAUUUAUGUUGCAUGGGAGCAGAAUGAGCACCCAAGUAAUGUAUUCACUGAGACUUACAACUAGACCAUAUAAGGAGAAAAAACGUGUUUUCCCUGAAACCUGCUUUGAUAUUUACUAUAAAAUGCACCCAGAGCUAAAAUCUUUAUGCUGUGCUUGGAUUUUAUCACAGAUAGAGCCUUGUUGUUCUAAAGAGGGGAGUGCUGACUAAGCAGAGGAUGUGUGAAUCCUCAUAUCGUGUCCUUCAUCUCACUGAUCCUCUUGUCAUCAGCUGCUCUGCCUACAAAAAUGUAUGUCAGUCCUGCUUAGUGCAUUCGAAGACACCCGUCUGGUAGCAGAAUUUGUAUGGUUUUAUGCUGCAUGAGUCAAGGACUUUGUGGCCCUUCUCCAGGUACACGUGGGAACAAAUGUUCCCUGAAAUGCGUAUUUUCUGACUAUGGGUAGUCUUGCUCACUGUUCACAGACAUAUCUGAGCACAAGUAGCUGGCAGGGCAGUGGUAGGUGCGUGAAGCUUCUGCUGGGGAUCUCUCUCAGUGUACCAAAUGAAAGUAAUCUGACACAUGAUGCAAAAGGAGAGACACUGCGGUGGGCAGGGACUCAAGAAGCAGGCUGAGCUCCUCCUGCCUGCGCCUCAGCAGGGGGAACAGCUCAAUUUCCCUACGCUGGCUUCAGGGUCUCCUGUGGACUUUCAUUUGCUGGAUCACUUUUGUCACAUGCGUUCUCUUCUCUCACCCCACACUGACACUUGCUGUGGGCACGCUCAGUGCUUUAAAUCCAGGCUGAGGUGGUUUUUCGACCUUCCUUGCUAGUUUUAUGACAGGGAUGAGUUUCCCUACGCAAGGGAGAUUCUCUAUCCAACUUCAAGCACUUUGCUGAGACACAAAGUAUCUUAACAGACUGGAGAAUCUGAUCCAGAAACCUUAUAAAGUAGCAGAAAUAUUUAGGUGUAUCCCAAAGAAACCAUUGUCACCAUUCCUGGAAUGCAAGACAGUAAGACAACACAGUGCCCAAUAAUUCUGCACUUCAUAAGUUAUAGUGUAUUUAGAAUAUAGAAAAAUAUUUUAGGAGGGAGUGGUUUGCUUUUAACUCUUUAAGAUAACUGUUAACCAACAAAACUGCUGCUUUAAGCAAACUCCCUUUUCAAAGCACUUUAUGAGGAUCAAGUUGUAAAAUUCAAAAUUGUCAUACUGAAAAAUACAAUGUGAAAACUGGAUCUGGAAGGCAGCAAAGAAUCUUGCUGGACAACACGGACGCUAAUAAAAGAAACCUAAAAUUGCCUAUUGUCAUAGCUUUAGUAUUAACACUGGCUGCUUUGGCAAGCUUUAAAGACUGGGCUGCACUAUAAAACCUAAAAAUGUCCUGGACUUGGAGUUGUUUACACAAAAUAUGAGGAGAUAUAAAGUUACAGAGCUGGGGGUUGGAAGAGAUGACUUUAAAACCAUCCUCCGUGCACUGACGUCACGUGGAAGCCAGCUGCUGGGAUGAUGCUGAACGGAACUGUUUUUCAGUUUGCAAAAGUUGCGGAGUUAUUCAAAGAGAGUUGCAAAUGCUGCCCCCGUUGAAAGGCUGUGUCUUGCUCAGCGUUCUUGUUUCUUUUAAAGAUCAAGAUUUGCAGAACUGGAUCCCAGCUAGCUGUGCAUUUCGUUGCUUUCACUGCUGUUUAGAAAUGGACUGAAAAACUUCUAAAGGAUUUCUUAUUCCAUGAAAGGAAACAUUCAGGGAAGAAAGAAAAAAAGCAGAGCUAUCUUCUUGCUGUUACACAGACCGUAACCAUGGACCUGCAUAAACAACUGGAAAAUACUGAGAGGAACUGGAAUAAAGAGAAGAUGGAAUUGCUGGAGAGAUUUGACAAUGAAAGGAAAGAAUGGGAAUGUCAAUGGAAGGUCAUGCAGAAGAAAAUAGAAGAGCUUUACCAGGAGGUAAAACUUAGAAGAGAGAGCAAUAUGAAUGUCCAUGAUAACAAGGCCAUUCAGAGCAAGAUGCUGCAGCUGUCCAUGCAUUCCCCUACUUCAGAAGAGACUGACACAGUGGAGCUGAACUAUCAACACCAUACAGCAAGCGACAGGAUGAAAAAAGGGAGUUUACUCAGUAAAACAGGGCACGAAUGUAAAGAAACCAGAGCCAAAAACAGAAACAAUAUUCUGUUAACAGAUAAUGUGGCCUUUGAGAACUGUGAGGAACCUGAAGACAGCCUCAGCAUCAAAACUUCCACAAAAAAUGCCAAAAAUUAUAUUGGUGACCUCAAUGUAGCUCUUAAAGAACUUGCCAGAGUCAGUGAAGAAUUAUGCAGCUAUCAAGAGGAAAUUCGGAAGAAGUCCAACCACAGAAGAAUGAAGUCACUUCCUUUCCUGGGGAAAUCUGAGGAAACCCAAGCUACAGUUAUUCUGCCUGAGAUGAACCAUGUGCCCAGCAAUGAAUCACAGACUUCAACGGCUUUUGAAACAGAGGAACAUAACAAUAGGAAGAAUCUGAUGAGCUCCACCAAGGCUUUGAAAGACAUAUCUUAUGGUGCUCUUACUGGUGACAGAGGAUCAGACUUCAGACCUUGGCAAAAGAAAGAAGCUCCACCAGUUCCUCCACGGAGCACUUCUCGUCAUCUAACAAACUCACUUUCUGCAGUUGUUCAGCUUUCUGAAGCACCAAUAAGAGAUCUAGGCAUCAAAAGCAAUUGCAAGGCUCAGGACUGUAGGAGUGGAAGGAAACUGAUGAAUCCUUCACCAGUCCUUCACCAGAAUGAAACUGCAGCAGCCUGUGCAAAUGAAGGGCAGGCUGUGCAAGGUCCUGUGAUGGUAACUUCUGCAAUACCUGUAACCAAAAAUGAGUGCAAUGUACCAUCAAGUUUCUGCCACAACACGUGGGCAUAUGAUGUGGGCAAACUUCGAAAAGAUGGUAAAAGUGAACCUUCCCCACUGUCGCCCCAAAAGAGUUGUUCAGAUGGAAAUAUGGCCCAAAGCAACAAGAUGCACCAGAAACAAAAUCCCAAGUCUCACAGCAGUCCUUAUUUCAGUAAUGACUUUUAUGCCCCUACUACCCUGCACAAAGAUCUUUUGGGAAACUCUAGGUAUACUUUGGAAAAGACCCAAAGAAAUGAAACUUUAGCAGCAAAGAUUGAUGAGUUUAAUAGGACUGUAUUUCACACAGAUAAACGUAACAAUGCUUUGCAAGAUAACCAGGUGCCUCAAGCGGCACCAGAAGACCACAAACCCUGUGGCCCACUGUGUGACUCUGUUAUUAGCAGGACAGAAACUGUAAAUACAUCUUGUGUUUCAAAUCCCAAAUUCUGUGCAGCAAAGGAACAAGAAACUAGCAACUCCAGCAAAGCUGUCACAAUAGCAGGGCAGCAAAAACAAAUAAAUGGACUUCCAAAUACUAGUGGUUAUAGGCACAUGCUUCACGAGCAUGACUGGCGACCAAGUAAUUUAUCCGGUCGCCCGCGUUCAGCUGACUCAAGGUCGAACUAUGGUGUUGUUGAAAAGCUUUUGAAAAACUACGAAAAAUCAACAGUGACUUCUCCAUGUAAUACAAAGUGCUGCAAAGAUAAGUGGACACGGGCAAAUUCUGAAUUCGCUGAUGGGGGUUGUGAGACAUUGAGCCAGUAUUUAGAAAUGCUCCAGAUUGAGCAAGGAAAGCAAGAAUUUCCAAGGAAUUCAGCCAGGCAUAUUGGGCAGCAACUCAAGCAAGGAAAAGAGAGGCAAAAGUUACCAGAGAUAUCUGUGCCAGCUAAAUGUUCAAGUGGGAAGGGUUUCUCCCGGCCUGCUCGGCCAGCGAAUCGACGCUUACCUUCCAGAUGGGCAUCCAGGUCACCAUCAGCACCUCCAGCUGUGAGAAGAACGGCAUACAACUGCUCUGUCUCCUUUCGGUCAGAGACCUCAGUCAUCUGAGUUGGGUUGGAUGGUGGUGUGAAAGCUCUACGUCUCAUUGUAACUGUGUUGGGUAUGUGGUAGAGCAACCAGUUCUACACUGUUGUGUCUUACCCAAGAGUGACCCCUAUCACCUGCCGGACAAAGCGUUUUGAAUCUUAGGUCAUCAUCACCAAGGUCUUCAGUGUUUUUAUUGAGAUGAAAUAAUGAUACCCCUGGUUUUCUCUGUUUUUUUUUGUAAUAGCUCACAUGGAAUUUCUUUUGAAUGGCAUCUUCCUUAAUUUGCCAAUCAAUUUUGAGUUGAAACAAUGUAUAGUGCUGUAUAUUCUGACUCUUCUGCAAACAGCAGAACGUAAAGCUGUAUGCAUGAUCAUGUGUUUGUAGGUGCAUGUGUUGGACUAGGAAGUAUACAGGUCUGUAUUUAGAAGAGACAAACUGUGCUAGUGUUGACAUUGAAAUUACAACCUAUAUGCCUACCUAUAUAUACUUUGUGUUUAUUUUAAAAAGUUUGAAAUAUACAGUCCUGAUGACAUUUAUAUUUUAUAUAUCUUUUACAUAGGUUCACAGGUGUAGUAUUUAAUGAACAAAAACUAAAUAUUGCAUUUUUGUGACUGAUUGCAGCGAUGAUGCCUUGCACAAUAUGUAUCUGAAGCAGACUAGCUUGACUGAUUCAUCAGUCAUGCUUCAUGACAUCCUUGUUCAGUUUCCUAACCCUUAUGAUGUUAGGUCAAAACACCCAAACAUAUUUUUUCUGAAUUAAAAUAUUGUACAAUUUGUAAUACAUUAGCCUUUUUCAGCACCAGAGACAUUCCCAAAAUGUUCCAAUCCCUUUAAAAAGCUUAAAUGUGCCAUUAUAUAUAUAGCAUACUGUAAACACUUCGGUAGUUUCAACUAGAGUAACAUACAAUUUAUGAAGGGAAGAAAAGGGUUGUAUACGCUCAAUUCUGUAAAACUUAUUUUUCCUUCUAGCAUUAUAACUUUGAGGUUUGGCAAAGGCAGAUAACAAUGGACUUGUUUACUUUCACCCAAGGCAGGAGAACAAGGACCGUUGUUCCCAGGGCUGCAGCCACACUCCUUUUUUACUCUUCUCCUAGACUAUAGAGUGCCUGAGCCACUUGCUCACUUACUGCUCCCGGACUGACUCGUGGCAGUCAGUUGCGAAGUUUACUUGCACUCUAGCAACAAGCUGCAUCUAGUAUGGAAAAAUUGCAUCAAGGUAUGAUCACAAUGAUGCCCAAAAUCCUAGACACAUGGCGUUGGAAGUAUGUUUCUGCCAUCACCUGACUUGCUGUUAUGGGCCAUCUGAAUGAUGUGCACAGAGCCUGGCUUGUUCCUUCCCGCAGCAUGAAAGAAAUAUGGAUGCUACCCAGACUCUUGCUGAACCUUCAGAAAGACAGUGUCCUUCAUCCUGGAAUUUUUACACCCUUUUCUAGGCUGUUGCUGGAUGCGUAGUGCGAUAGUGAUGACAAAUGUUGCCUUUAAACAACAUGUCUAGGUUAAAAGGAGUAAAGAGGCACUUCUUCAACAUCAGCCUGACCUUGUCUUGCAACUUUUCUUCUUCUCCUGGAGAAACCUGGUGGGUUCCAAGGAAUUUCAAAAAUCAUCCCAGGAUCCAUUAAUGUGCACAUCUUCCUAUGUGAAUGUAAAAAGGAUUUUGGACAGAGUGUAGGCUUUUGUCCUAGUGAAUUGUAUGUAUGGCAAUAUAGGGAAAACUAGUUGUGCUUAAUUUGAUAGUGAUCUGUUGUCCUACUCCAGUCAUGUUGAGAAUCCAUGCCUUUUCCCUUCCUUUAGGGCCUUAUUCUUCGUUCCUCUGCACAACUUUGGUUUUGCAGAGAGAGAAAACAGGAGGCCAUAUGUUCUGAGCAAUAUAGCCUGUAUGGUAGUACCAGUAACUGCUCAGGCAUAGCAGUUUCAGAGCUAGUGGGCACUGGAGCUAUAAAUCCAAACUUAUCACACAAUUGUGGCUGCCUGCAUGGCAAAAACAUGCUCUGAGUAAUUUGCCCAAUCUAGACUUCUGGUCCUUCCCAGACAUGAGUGGUUGGACAUACCAAUAUAUGAAGGCUUCAAACAGAUCAACAGUUCAUCAAAAUUUACUCAGACAUUAUUGCAAAGAUCUUACUGGAAAAGAUACAAGGACAGAAAACCUGAAGAAAAUUUAUACAGCUUGGAUAGAGAAAAAUCUGUGUGCUUGACUGAAAAAUCAAGAGUAAUAUAAAUUAGCCUGUUUGCCCCAAUUUAGAGAUUGCACUCCAUUAACUUCCUUAGAACUAGAAAAAUUAGGGAUGAUUGAUAGUGGAUUUGGAACAUGGCUUAAGAUUCUAGCUUACUGUGGAAAUUAGCAAACCAAAAUGCCUUCCAAAUUGACCUUUUAAAUGCCUAAGUAGCUGAGCAGCUUUAAAUGCCUAAGGCUGAGGAAAGGGUAAUGUGAGAGAACUGUAAAAAAAUGGUUCUUAAUUUCAGUCAGUGUUGACUGCAACAAAACUUCUUCAAAUUGCCUUCAUGGUAAGUUAAGAAGUUUUGCUUUGAAAAAAUGGUGGUGCACUUCUGUUUGAAGUAUGUAACUAUUAAAGUGUUUCCCUUCGUUAGUCAGUGAAGGUGUUUCUUUAGUUCCCUUCAGUUUCUUUGAUCACCUUUGACGGAUAUCACAUUGUUGAAUAACACAGAAAGGAUCAAAUACCUACAACAUUCCCUGAUGUAUGUAAGUUUAAUGAACAGAAGGUUUUUGAAAUAAACUAAUAGGUCAAGGACAA